GAAGGAGCGGUGAUGGGCAAGGAACUGCCACCAGCACCAAGACGACGAGGGACAGCACAGGGAUGCUGUGGCCUCGGCUGUCCAUACUCGAGCCAGUUGGGAGUCCAGGAGCUGCCAGAGGAAAGGGUGGCAUUGCCCGGAAAAUACAGGGCAGGGAAAAGGGGGCUCCUGGAGGUGGCGGGGUGAGGAGCCCUGAGAGCAAGGUGCGCGGGCAGGAGAGGCGUCGGGCAGCAAGCGAGCACAGAGCGAGAUCGUGUCUGGUGACUCGCUGAAGGAGCACAUGGCAAAGCGGUCACUGAGCCAAAGGCAUGAGAGCGAGCAGCCAGAGAGCGCAUCAGCGAGCGCGGUACUGCUCACACGGCAGCCCAGCUUGACCAACACAUCCCCCCCACAGCGAAUCUACUGCAGUGCUCCUCCGCUGCCUCCCCUUCCUCCGCCUCGGCCUUCUCUCUGCCGUCUCAUCACUCGCCCAUGACAGCUGGACUCCAGGGGCGGAAGGCGGGCAGGGGGACUGGGAAUGUACAUGCAGCAGCACCGCAGCGGAAUGAAUGCAACGCCUGGUGGCACCAUGCUGAGCCCGUCCAAGCGCCUCCGCUCAGGGGAACGGGACAUAGACGGCCCAGGGAGUGGCUCACAAGCGGCUGGUGGAGGCGGAACGAGGGGCAGCGCUGUAGAGGUCCACCUUCCAAGGGACUUUGAUUUGGCAAAGUAUGAUGGGCAUGAUGUGAAGAGGCAGCGGGAAGGCAUGGCGGGUGAUGGCAUGGCAGAAGAUGAGUCGAUGCAUGGGAGUGUUGCGGCCCAGGCAGGAGCGGCUGAUGUGACUGCCAUGGCUGGAUGGCUGAGAGCAGCUCAUUUGCGGCGAGAGGGGCCGUGGGGACCUUCGGAAUCCGGCUUCCCUGCUGGCAGCGGUGUUGAAGGCAGGCUUGUGGCACCUGGCAGGGCUGCAACAGAGACCGGAGAGGGGGAUCGAGCAGGUGGAAGGGAAGACCAGGUGCGUGGGACAGAGGAGGCAGUGCCAUUUGCGAUGGACGCGCAGCGCUGGCACAAGACACAGCGCUCGCGGGUGGAGGUCCUUGAAAUCAACCUGCCCCCCUGGCAGGCACCCGACCCAUCUCGCUCGGGCUCCCUUCCACGGCAGGCGGAGAGAGGCGCCGGUCUCACUGCACCAGACGAGCUGCCCUCUCGCGCUCUCAACUCCUCCACUGCAGUCUCUUGCUCCAUCGCUGCCCCUGCUGCUGCUGCUGCUGCUGCUGCUGCUGCCUUGGCUGCUCGUGGUGCGAGUGAGAGGGAAGGAACAGGACUGGGCUUUGACCUCAACAUGGCGCAUGGUGAUCAGGACGAUGACGAGAAUGGCAGACGCAGUGGCAAGCAACAGACGCCAGCAGCUGGAGGCCCCAGCGAUGCGUUGCGAGGUGGAGAGCCGGGUGUGAAGAUGUGGAGCAGGGCGGGAACAUCAGAUGACACUCACAGAGGAACCACCGGUACAGCCGCGCCUGGCAUGAGCGUCCCCGCAUCCUGCUGCUCCUGGAACUGCGUCUUCUUCUCCCUUCCCUGCCGCAGAAAGUCACGGGUUCAGACAGCAGGCAGGCAGGCAGGGAAAAGAGGCGAGGCUGCAGUGGAAGAGUGUGGGCCAGCUGGAAGGAGUGAGCCUCUCCAGGGAGGAAUGCGCCAGCCUUCAGAGUCUGUAGGCGUUGAGGGGAUUAGCAGGCAGUAAACUGGCCAAUUCUUUCAGGGAGACAAAGGAGGAGGAAAGUGGACACUGAUGAACCCAUCAUUGGCAAUGAGGGUAUGUGGCGAGUCUGCUGGUUGGAUUGAGAAGCAUGCCUAGCAGAACCUGCCUCAGCAUUAUGCGUACCUUAGUGCGCACAUGUACGUUUUUCAUCUGAACGACCAUCUUGGUUAUAUAAAUCCGUUUGAAUUCUCAGACUUGGUGUAGGCACUUGUCUGAAUUUCCAGAUA